AUCGAGCUCUUACUUACAGACUUGCUUUCCACCAGCGGCGGCAGUGCUAACACAGCUCCGGCAGCGCGAGAGAGAAGAGAGCCACCCCUCUACCUGGAGAGGAAGCCAGGGACCGGGGGCAGUCAUGGCAGCGAACAUGUACCGGGUUGGAGAUUAUGUUUAUUUUGAGAACUCGUCCAGUAACCCACUGCUGAUCAGGAGGAUAGAGGAGCUGAACAAGACAGCCAAUGGGAAUGUGGAGGCCAAAGUGGUGUGUUUUUACCGGCGCAGGGACAUCUCCAGCACACUCAUCGCUCUGGCAGACAAACAUGCAAGGGAGCUGGAGGAGGAGAUGGAGAAUCCAGAGAUGCGGGAUCUCCCGGAGAAACAGAAACACCAGCUCAGACACAGAGAGCUCUUCCUUUCUCGCCAGCUGGAGUCUUUACCAGCCACACACAUCAGGGGAAAGUGCUGUGUGACGCUGCUGAACGAGACAGAAGCCCUGAAGUCCUACCUGGACAGAGAGGAUGCCUUCUUCUACUCGCUGGUAUACGACCCUCAGCAGAAGACCCUGCUGGCUGAUAAGGGGGAGAUCCGUGUUGGGAACAAGUACCAGGCCGACAUCACCGACCUCCUGAAGGAAGGUGAGGAUGAUGGCAGGGACCUGGAGAAAAUGGAGGAGAAGAUCUGGGACCCCAACAGCUCACUGACAGAGAAACAGAUUGAUCAGUUUUUAGUAGUAGCACGGUCAGUAGGUACCUUUGCCAGAGCUUUGGACUGCAGUAGCUCUGUCCGACAGCCCAGCCUACAUAUGAGUGCUGCUGCAGCCUCCAGGGACAUCACCUUGUUUCAUGCCAUGGACACCCUCCAUGCUACAGGCUACGACAUGACUCGAGCCAUCGCAGCACUGGUUCCUCAGGGUGGACCCGUCCUCUGCAGGGAUGAAAUGGAGGAGUGGAGCGCCUCGGAGGCCAACCUCUUUGAGGAGGCCCUCGAGAAAUACGGCAAAGACUUUACCGACAUCCAGCAGGAUUUUUUGCCCUGGAAAUCCCUGACGAGUAUUAUUGAGUAUUACUACAUGUGGAAGACCACAGAUAGAUAUGUACAGCAGAAACGAUUAAAAGCAGCCGAGGCAGAAAGCAAGUUGAAGCAGGUCUACAUCCCCAACUAUAACAAGCCAAACCCUAACCAGUUGAGUAACAAUGUAAAGCCAGCUCUGGUAAAUGGAGCAGCGGGUACAGCGGGUACAGUGGGUACAGCGGGUACAGCGGUCCCAGGACCUCCAGGCUCAGUGCCGACCCCAGGCUUGGGUAGAGCCUGUGAAAGCUGCUACACCAGCAGCUCCUACCAGUGGUACUCGUGGGGACCUCCCAACAUGCAAUGUCGCCUGUGCGCCUCAUGCUGGACCUACUGGAAGAAAUACGGAGGGCUGAAGAUGCCCACGAGGUUGGAUGGCGAGAGGCCCGGACCCAACCGUAACAACAUGAGCCCCCAUGGCCUGCCCCUUCGCCACAGCGGCAGCCCCAAGUUUGCUGUAAAGACCCGGCAGGCUUUUUACCUGCAGACCACCAGCCUAACACGGAUGGCACGUCGCACCUGCCAGGACAUCAUCAGACCUCGAUAUAUGGCCAGGCACCCCUACCUCCCAGUCAACACAGCAGCCAUCAAAGCAGAAUGUGCUCUGCGAUUACCAGACAGGCCAAAAAAGCCUUUGCCACUGAAACCUGUGGAACGUAAACCUCUGGAGUCUGUUGUUCGGUAUUUAGAAGCACAUCCCCGUCCAUCCAAGCCCAAUCCACCGACUCGCGGAGGGUCAAUCUCUACAGGCAGUCUGACACCUAUAAAGUCCUCUCCCAUCCUCAACAACGGCUCUCCCACCAUCCUGGGCAAGCGUACCUAUGAGCAGCACAAUGGACUGGAUGGUGCCAAAUCCAAAGUAUUGGCUCCACAGUGGGACAUUAUGGCCAAACGAAUGAGUGAAGCAGUGCGGCCCUCAUCGUCCCUCCAGGACGAGGUACAUGAACUGGACUGAGCACUCUGCGGGACAACCUUCACUGCGAACCUCAGUGAGCAGCGGGGGAUAUGAAUUGGAUGAGGCUUUUCCCACUAUAACCAUAGCCGAGGGCAGCUGAAAGGAGACGACAGCAUUGGCUACUUUUCUUCAAUCAGUAUGAGUCUAUCAGACUUCUGAAGACUAAUCGAUCAGUUUGGCUGUGGUCAAUCAGAAAAUGAGCCUGACUGUACAGGACUGUGUUUAUUACUUACAUUUCUCGUUAUUACUGUCUUUGUAAUUAUUGUUAUUGUUAUUUUAAUGUUUUUCUUUUUUCUUUUUUUACCAGUUAUAACUCAGCUUAUUUGUUUGUCGAUCAAACGUUGAAACUUGAAGUUUCAAGAAAAAUGCUUGCAAAAAACCCUGUGGAAAAGGGUGGAAGGAACGUAACAAAAGCCACUUGCAUCUUCUGUGUUUUUCUUUUUCUCAAGUUUAAAAAGAAAAAAAAAAAAAAAAAAAGAGAGACGCACUUUGAUUUCAGUGACACGAGUUCAAAAUGUCUUUUGUUUUUCUGAAUUUGAAUGCUUUCUAGGAAAUUUUCUGUUGUGUGAGUCGGCCCUGCUCUUCGCCCAGAGAGGUUUAACUUAUUGAGAAAGACUUGGUGUUUUUUCUACCUUUUUCAUAAGUAAUGCAUCUAUGCUUCUAAAGUGUAAUUAAAAAAGGAAAAAAAGAGGUAA